GGCAAAAUAGAAAAGAAAGGAAUUUUUAAUUAUUUAGAGUAGAACAAGCAAGCAGGAAAAAGCAAGUUAAAAGUGCCAGAGAUGAGAAGGAACAGGCCACAUCUGUGGCAAGCAGGUCAGGACCCAGCCAGGCAAUGCAGAAGUUUAAGGGGCUGCUGGGGGCGGGGCUCCAGCAGAGGUAGAGGCGGGGUUUAAGCAGUGGGGCGGGGUCCACAGAAGCCAAGCCACGCCCCUCAAGGACGGCGCUUAAAAAAGCGGAACUUCCUGUCUGGGUAGCCCCUCUGCAUCCGGGAGAUCUGAGUAGCGGGUAACGCCGAGCAUCAAGCAAGGAACUCGCGCUGCUGCUGGAGAAGAUGGCUGAUCCGUGGCAGGAAUGCAUGGAUUAUGCAGUAACCCUAGCAAGACAAGCUGGAAAGGUGGUCUGUGAGGCUCUUAAAAAUGAAAAGAAUGUUAUGCUGAAAAGUUCUCCAGCUGAUUUGGUAACUGUUACUGACCAAAAAGUUGAACAAAUGCUUAUUUCUUCCAUAAAGGAAAAGCAUCCGUCUCACAGUUUCAUUGGUGAGGAGUCUGUGGCAGCUGGGGAAAAAUGUGUCUUAACCGACAACCCCACGUGGAUCAUUGACCCUAUUGAUGGAACAACUAACUUUGUACAUAGAUUUCCUUUUGUAGCUGUUUCAAUUGGCUUUGUUGUAAAUAAAAAGAUAGAAUUUGGAGUUGUGUACAGCUGUGUGGAAGAUAAGAUGUACACUGCCAGGAAAGGAAAAGGAGCCUUUUGUAAUGGUCAGAAGCUACAGGUUUCACAACAAGAAGGAUCCGGACUGUUGGAACAGCAGCAGUUAAUAUGUGCCUUGUGGCAACUGGAGGAGCAGAUGCAUAUUAUGAAAUGGGAAUUCACUGCUGGGAUGUUGCAGGAGCUGGCAUGAUUGUCACGGAAGCUGGUGGAGUGCUAAUGGAUGUCACAGGUGGACCAUUUGAUUUGAUGUCACGAAGAGUAAUUGCUGCAAAUAGUAGAGCAUUAGCAGAAAGGAUAGCCAAAGAAAUUCAGGUCAUACCUUUUCAACGAGACGAUGAAGAUUAAUUACAACUGCCUUAUAUUCAGUCAUAGUUGCUUUUGCCCAGAUUUGCUGACUCAGUGAUGGAUAUCUGUUUCAGAUGUAUGAUAUGCUUGGUUUAAAUUGUCUUUGUCCAGAUUAAAAAAUUGGAACUUGGUCCAUAUUUUGCUAAGACUGUGUUUGCAAGAACAGAUGUAAUGUUUGUUUCAUUGCUUUAAACAUUUUGCAUGUAAGAAUGUACCUUGGGGAAAAUGCACAAGAAGUACAGUUCAUGAGAUAAGUAUAAUAUCAACUGAAAUAAUUAGCAGUUUGGCAUUUCUAAGUACCUAUGGUCCUUUGGAAUUUUGACUGACUAUAUAUACACACAUAGACACUCAGAAAGUUACCUUUUUGGAAAAAUUUU